CGGCGACUAUCGGCGUAAACAAAACGACCAACUUUUUCCCAUCACACACGAAGACAACAUCAUCAUUCAUAGGAUCCAGAAAAGGCACAGUCAACUCAAAUAUCGACAUUGAUCAUAUAACCCAAGUGCACCAUGUCUGCUGCAAAGGAUAAGGCCAAGGUCCACAAGCUGUCCUUGAAAGGGUCUGGCAAGCUCGUCUCUGAAUUUUUUGAAUACUCGAUAAACUCCAUUCUCUUCCAACGAGGAGUCUACCCCCCUGAAGACUUUACAACUGUUAAAAAAUAUGGCCUCAAUAUGCUUGUUACCUCCGACGAUCAAGUCAAAGCCUACAUCAAGAAGAUCAUGUCCCAGUUGCACAAAUGGAUGAUGGGUGGAAAAAUUUCCAAGCUGGUUGUUGUUAUCACAGACAAGGAAACCGGAGAGCACAUCGAAAGAUGGCAGUUUGACGUUGAAAUUUUCGGAAAGCACUCUAAGAGUAAAUCUUCUCGAAAAACUGCCGACAACGAGAAUGCCACGCCAGGGGAUGAAUCCGCCCCAGUGGAGAAAACAGAGAAAGAAAUCCAGGAUGAGAUCCAGGCCAUUUUCCGCCAGAUCACCGCCUCCGUAACUUUCUUGCCCGUCCUAGACGGCGACUGCACAUUCAACGUCCUCGUAUACGCCGAUGCAGACUCCGAUGUGCCCGUCGAGUGGGGAGACAGCGACGCAAAAGAGAUUAAGAAUGCCGAGAAAGUACAGCUCAGAAGUUUCAGCACAAACAACCACCGCGUGGAAACCUUGGUCAGCUAUCGUCUUGCCGACUAGACGACACGGUGUAUGGGAAAUAUAUGGGGUGUUUCUGCAUGGCGGCGUUCUGGGAAGGAAAUUUUGAUGACUACGCUGUCUUUGAUACAGACGUUUCGGGCAUUCUGUGUACUUUUGGAUUGAUAUUUAUCACUGAUAACAUUUCGGUCUUAUCAAUUAAUGACUAACGUGAUAUAUGCAUUUCUCUAUAUUUAAUGACUACGUACAACUCAAGUUCUACUGUAUACAGUAGGACGAAUGACACCAAGGCAACUGGCUCAUUCUCAAAAACCAUUGAUU